AUGGUGGUGUAUGUAUACAUACCAGUACCCCUCUUUCGGACUCCCUUUUCUAUAUGCCCCUUUUACUACUACUACCUACCACCUCCCACCAUGGGUCACGAUGUCUCUAAGCGCACAAUUGUAGUGACUUACAAAGCUACUGGUCUUAGCACUACUACUAUUUCAGCGAUAUCUGGCCUUCCAAGGCGCACCAUUGACCGCAUAUAUGAAAGAGCCCUUAAAAAUGGCUUUGAUCCGAACUCACUUCCUUGGAAUCCUUCUGACGCUAUGCUAGCUGACGCCCCUCGCUCUGGGAGGCCGACAAAGCAGAUGUCACAAGUGCAAAAUCAGGUGCUGUCGAAAGUUCAUGCUGACCAGGACGGCCCCAAAAAAGACAUGCACUGA